GAGAGAACUUCCGUUCUUUGUUCUGUCCCUGGUGUGUGGGUCUGUGACAGGGUCCGGCAGGGCCUGUUCUGUGUCCGGCCCUCCCCAGUCUCCCGUCCUUGCCCCCAGGCAUUGGCAUCAACUAAAGUCAGAAUUCCUAGGAACUUGAACAGAGGCUGCUAAAUUCCCAGUAAUUGCUACUCUAGCCUUCUAGGGACUAACUCCAAAGAAGGAAGGAAAGAAUCCAUCAGGUGUAAAGAUGCUCUGGUGGCUGCUGCACCUAAUCUAGGUCUGUUGAUUCUUGCUACAGCAUUCAAGUGUGAAGUAGAAACUUCUACUUGAGACCCAAACCUUAGUCACUUCCUCAUUCUCAUUCACCUGCUUCCUGCCGAGUCUGCAAAUAGGAGACCAGAGCUUCCAGCCCUACCCAUGGAAACUCAGACUGAUCGUGUAUCUCAGGAACCUCAGGCCCUGCUUGAGAGUGCUCUUCCCUCCUCAAAAAUUCCUGCAUUUUCCGACAAGGACAGCCUGGGGGAUGAGAUGCUGGCAGCUGCACUUCUAAAGGCAAAGUCCCAGGAGUUGGUGACAUUUGAGGAUGUCGCUGUGUACUUCAUCCGGAAGGAGUGGAAGCGUUUGGAGCCUGCUCAGAGGGACCUCUAUAGGGAUGUGAUGCUGGAGAAUUACGGGAAUGUGUUCUCACUGGAUGGUGAGACCAGAACUGAGCACAAUCAAGAAAUUUCUCAAGAUACGGGAUCACAUGGGGUGCUAUUGGGAAGACUCCAAAAGGAUAUUUCUCAGGGUCUUAAGUUUGAAGAAGCCUAUGAACAAGAAGUCACUCUAAAGGGGCAGCUGGGGAGCUCCUCUGGAGAAAGAUUGAAUAGGAAGAUACAAGAUUUUGAUCAAGUGACAGUUGAGGAAAAGCUAAGCCCCAUGGGAGAGAGAAGUGAGAAAUAUAAUGAUUUGGGGAACAGCUUCACUGUGAGUUCCAACCUCAUUUCACAUCAGAGACUUCCUGUGGGAGAUAGACCCCAUAAGUGUGAUGAAUGUAGCAAGAGCUUUAAUCGAACUUCAGACCUUAUUCAACAUCAGAGAAUCCACACUGGGGAAAAACCCUAUGAAUGUAGUGAAUGUGGGAAGGCCUUCAGCCAGAGCUCACAUCUUAUUCAGCAUCAGAGAAUUCACACUGGAGAGAAACCUUAUGAAUGUAACGAUUGUGGGAAGACCUUCAGUUGUAGCUCUGCCCUCAUUCUGCAUCGGAGGAUCCACACUGGGGAGAAACCUUAUGAAUGUAACGAGUGUGGAAAAACCUUUAGCUGGAGCUCCACCCUUACUCAUCAUCAGAGAAUCCACACUGGAGAGAAACCAUAUGCUUGUAAUGAAUGUGGGAAGGCCUUCAGUAGGAGCUCCACCCUCAUUCAUCAUCAGAGAAUCCACACUGGAGAGAAGCCCUAUGAAUGUAACGAGUGUGGGAAGGCCUUCAGCCAGAGCUCACACCUCUAUCAGCACCAGAGAAUCCACACUGGAGAGAAGCCCUAUGAAUGUAUGGAAUGUGGAGGGAAGUUUACCUAUAGUUCAGGCCUUAUUCAGCAUCAAAGAAUCCACACAGGGGAGAAUCCCUAUGAAUGUAGUGAGUGUGGGAAAGCCUUUAGGUAUAGCUCAGCUCUUGUUCGCCAUCAGAGAAUUCACACUGGAGAGAAGCCUUUGAAUGGAAUGGGAAUGAGCAAAAGUUCUCUCCGAGUUACUGCUGACUUAAAUAUCAGAGAGUCUACAUGAAAGAGAGCCACACACCUGUUUUCCUCACUUCUGCUGAGUCUGAAGAGCUCCUGCCUUACAAGUAUGAACAACUUAGAAUGUGUCCCUUCCAACUCAGACCUUUUACUUUAGAUAAUGGGGCAAAUUGGGCCAAUCAUCCUGGUACCGUGAUUAGCAACCUAGUCAGUUUCCCCAGGAAUGAUAGCAGCCUUGAAAAAUUAGGAGGCAAGCAGCAGAUGAAGUGCUGGGAGUAGAGGGAAGCUCUGGGACCAGUCACCUUCCAUUUGGAAGGGAAUUUGCACUAGACCAUAUUUCUCACACCAGGGGAGCCUUUCUUUCCGAGGUGGGGAUGGAAGCACAGUAGGAAUAAGAUUCUAAGGAUUCCUCUAGGUGGAGUCAGUAUCGUUAGCACAGGAGGCAGUAGAAAGAAUGUUCUGGGUCCUGUUAUUUGCUAGGAAGGGGAAAUGGAGGCUGUAUUUCAAAGCCACUAUUCCUAAUCCAGCUUUAAGUUUUGAUAAGUAAUGUGCUAUUUUGUUUCAUGAUUUCAUUAAUUAUGGAAAUUUGGUGCUGGGGGAUUUGUUAUUUUAUUGAAGAGGGGGGAAGAGCCCAAGAGAGGCUUUCUGUGGUGACUAUCGUUUAGGGCUCUUGGAGCAGCAAGACCAGGUUUCCAACAGCAGUCUGGCAAUUUUGUUGGGAAACCCAUUGUCCUUCCCUGUUGUGACAGAACUAACUGGGAAAUCCAUCUAAUCAGUGAGUCUGACAUGAGGGAGAGGAUCAAAAGCAUUUAGCCUUGGCCUCUGUUUCCUUUCCUCCCUUCUCUCUCUCACCACUCCUGUGAUGAAAAGUGAUUUAAUCUGAGCCUCUAGUUACUGAGGAUGCUUUUAAGGAGCUCGUUCAACCAGCUUGCCCUGUCCCAUGUUACCUGUGACCUGUGACAUCUGGCCCCACAGCCAGCCCUCCCCUGACCGCGCCUCUGACGUCAGCAGCAGAGUAUGAAUGUGAACAUAGAGCAAAGCCCAGAGAAGGAAGGCUCUGGCCUGAGCCUGGCGGCAGGGCUCGUUGCUGGGUGAAGAUGGAGCUCCUGAGUUUUCCCAGUGGAAGGGGUGACCUCUCCUUAUGUUUUCCCAAUCCUGCUCAUCCUGUAGCGUAAAUGAAGUGCACUAUUAAACAGAAUAGUUUUUCAGAA